UCCAUUGCGAACAGGGUCGGUUGUGUGAUUGAGUGGUUGCGUUUUUCCAUUGAAUUUCCAUUUUAAAAGUAAAGCAGAGGAGAAAAAAGCUAAAAUUUCCAUCACGUAAAACCGUUCAAUGUAUCAGCUCAUCGUGGAAGUGAUCGCCAAGCUUAACGUCUUGAUCAAUUACACCGACGAAUAUCCGUCGAUGGACUUUACCGUUUACGACUAUCCGCGUGAGAUUUGGCACCUUAAGCCCGGCUGGGAGGUGGCCCUGAAAACGAUCACCUUUCUGCCCCUGGUACUGUUCGGUGUGCUCGGCAAUGCCGUCCUGUGCUGUACACUCGUCCAGAUACGUGCCCUCCGGACGCCAACGAACCUGCUCAUAGCGAACCUAGCCGUCGCCGAUCUGGCCACGCUCGUCAUCUGUCCGCUGAUGUUUAUGUUUCACGAUUUCUACCAAAACUACGUGCUCGGUGCGAUCGGGUGCCGGACGGAGGGUUUCCUGCAAGGUUCCCUUCUCAUCACGUCCGUCCUGUGUCUGUGCGCGAUCAGCUACGAUCGGUUGACGGCGAUCGUGUUUCCUAAGCGCUCACGCCUUACCAAGCGCGGUGCGGUUGGGUUGAUCGUCGCCUGCUGGGUCGGGGGCUUUCUGCUCGCCCUGCCGCUCAGUCUGCACCGAGCGUACCGGGAGCGCCAGUGGAAGAACUAUCUCGAGACGUACUGUGCGGAAAACACGACUUUUCUACCGAGCUACUGGCACGUGCUGAUCGGCGCACUCGUUUGGUUUCCGCUGCUGGUAAUGUUCUGCUGCUACAGCCUGAUCUUCCUCAAGCUGGACCGGUACGAGCGGCGCGUACUGCGCAAGGAGCAUCCGAUCUCGGUGUCGUACAAGCGGAAGGUAGCGAAAACGUUGUUCAUCGUGCUGAUCGUGUUCGUGCUGUUGCGCAUACCGUUCACGACGCUCGUGUUUGUGCGCUACAAUCGCUAUCUGAACGACAAUCAGAAUCAGAUUGGCAAUGAUUUUCUCAUCCUCUGGUACGUUUCACACUACCUCAUGUACCUAAACGCUGCCCUCAAUCCGCUCAUCUACGGCCUGACGAAUGAAAACUUCCGCAAAGCGUUCCACAAGAUAAGUCUUUCCCGCCUGCUGUGCAUUCCCGCUCUGGCAAGCCGCGGUCGCUCGUCGGCUGGAAAGCACCCAAAGCACGCCCGCAACGGAAAGCGUAACAUGGGGAAACUAGAUCCGGCGCUUGGCAUUGCCACGAUUGGAGGUCGCUUGCAGCCCCGGGCACCCUGCGGCACGAACGACAAAAUGGCCAACCUGUCCGGAUGGGUACUGUGUCCAGCGGGGCACGGUGGACCCGAUUCCCAGCCAACGAGCCCCUCGAAAGAUACCAAAACUUCCCACCUCAAGCUUACGACGGACACGUUUGGCGGCGGUGAUUCGGAAAUGCCACGCAGUACGACACUCGUUUCGGACGGAUUUAUGUGACGCAGCAGGGGCAGUGUUGUUGUCAGUGUACUGGUGUGUAUGUCAAUAAAAAGUGCCUGUCUGUGUA